CUGUGCUUUUGUGCAAGAUGCAUGGAUUUAUUACUGCUUCGAACACAAAACUAUAUUAUUAUUAAUAUCAACUGAACAAGUCGCACGAGCUUCAGGAUUAAACGGGUCUCCUUUAUUGCGCAUCAUAUGAGUGCGGUGAAAUAUUUCUGUUCCACUUUUGGUGCUGGCGCGUUACUGUAGGUGCCACUUUGUUGAUUCGGAUCGUGUGCAGUUUGGACAUAAAGCACAGAAGAAAAAGCAUUGGGAAGUGCGCUGUUCCACUCUUGUAGCUCGGAUGUGUAUUAUUGAGUGUUUGUGAUGAGAGUGAACUUUGCGUAAUUGAGAUGUGCUCCAGGAGCACAAGGACUUAACCCAAGCCACAGGAUGUAUGUGUGUGGAUUUCUGAGCAUGGCUUGUAUUUUAUGCUCAAUUCUUCUCGGCUUGGCUGUCCACGGCAAAGAAUGCGAUUCUGGGUGCAAUCUUGAAAAUGGGGUUUGUGACAAUGGAGUGUGCAGGUGUAACCCUGGCUGGAAGGGUGCAACAUGUGAGAAGUGCAUCCCUUUCCCUGGUUGCAUUCAUGGAACAUGUAAAAAAGCUUGGGAGUGUAUAUGUGAGCAAGGCUGGGUGGGCAAUCAGUGUGACCAAGAUAGCCAUCUAUGCAUAUCACAGCCUUGUUCUGUCAAUUCAACCUGCAUUGAAACAGAAGAGGGUGGAUAUCUCUGUAUCUGUCCUCCUGGAUACACAGGCAAAAAUUGCCAGCUGAAGAAAGGAGAGUGUCUAAUGAAUGGGUCUCCAUGUCAGAAUGGUGGAACCUGUGUGGAUAAGACCGGAUUUUACACUCACUCAUCUUGCCUGUGCGUUCCCGGAUUCACUGGAGAUUUCUGUGAGAUUGAUGUUGACGCUUGUGAGUCAAACCCGUGUCUAAAUGGUGGCACAUGCACUGAUCGUGGACUAGACUACACCUGCGUUUGUCCUCCUGCUUUCUCGGGCCCCAUCUGCAACAUUAGUCUGGCUUCAUGCUCUGACAGCACCUGUAGCAAUGGAGGAACCUGUAUAACUGAGCCUGGCAGAAAAGCUCGAUGUAUCUGUCCACCUGGUUUAACAGGACCUUUGUGUGACAUUCAGAUCAAUGAAUUCAAACCGAAAGCUAAGUUUAAAACACCAAACCUAAGCCAUCCUUCCCAGCAUUAUAGCCUCCCUGCUCAUCCUUUCAACAAAAUGUUAAGGCACCCUGAGCAUGAGUUCCUAAAGAUCACCAUGAAAGAGUCGGUGCAUGCUUCUAGUCCGCUGGUCACACACAGCCAGGUUAUCUGCUUUGCGAUUUUGGGUCUGCUCACUUGCCUGGUAGUCUUGGGUACCACAAGCAUCAUCUACUUCAAUCGCUGUGAGAUGUGGCUGGCAAACGCCAAGUAUAGCCAGCUUAUGCGCAAACAGAGAAACUUCCUCCUGAAGGCCAGUGACAAGGAGCACUCAGUACAUAUCAUCCUACCUGAAAAAAUUAAGCUGACCAAUUACGGAAAGCGCUACACAACCAUAUAACAGCUGGACCACCAGACACUCUACACAAUCUUAUGGUUUUCUGAUCAACAAACGAUUGUUACAUGUUUGGUUCAUGAAUAUGAAUAUUAGCAUAAUUACAAUAUGGGUCUCAUUGGGAAACAUUUAGGAAAUGAUUUAUUUCAGAGGCUAGGAGUAGAAUUUUGAACGUUUUAUAUAUAGUUGUUAUACAUGGUAUAUUAUAGUAGCGCUGUCUAAUUACAAACAGCUCUGUAUAUUAGGAAAAACCCACAAACAAAGAAACAAAUUCCCCCUUUUCCCCUGUAAAGUGGGCUGAAUGAUAUUAAAAUCAGUAUUAGUUUAUUCACUCAUUAGUUAGCAGGCUAUUUAACCUUUAGUCAUCUCUUGAGGUUAUAUCCACAUCACUGAAAGGAAUCGAAUGGAAAUAAAUAAGUUUUAACUCCAUAGUAAACCUGCUUCAAAGAAAUUUGCUGUGUAUUUGGAAAUGUGUGAGAAACACAUUUACAUUUGUGUUGUUGGUAAUGACAACUUGUUCCUUCGACCCAUGCUUUAGUACGUUAAAGAAAUUCACUUCAUAGUACACUUUUGUUAUUUUUUGCUUUUACCAUAUUAAUCUACAUUUACCACACUUGAUAUACCUUUGACAUUAUUAUACAAGAGCACAGUGUGAACUUUUGGUGGUAACUGUAAUAUGAAUAAACAUGUAAAUAAAUAUUUGUGUAGCUGUGAACAACCAUCUUUUGCAUUGUGACACUUCUUCAUUUUGUAUAUAUUCUAGUCCACUUUUAUAUGUAAAAUAGGAUUUGGAAGACGGUCUAUUUGAUUCGCUUCCUUGAUUAUGAGAUUGUUUUGCUUUGAUUUUUAAUAACUGCAUGUGAUUACGGUUUUGUAUUAUUGCCAGUGCUGCGGUCAAAAUGUUUGAUGAUUUGCCACCAUCUUGUGGCUACACUGCUGUGAAAUCAAACGAUUCAUGCUGUGAUAUGUUUGAAAUGCAAUGUGUCAUGAUUAAUUCUUAUUUGAUCUACAUUGUGACCAGAACCUUUCCUAAUCAUUCAUGGGAAACGGAAGUGAAGGGUUGAGGGCAGAUUAUACUCUAUUAAAGUCAAUAGCAAGAGCAAUGAAGACUGAAUAAC